AUGACUACACCAUAUGAGAAUAGUCGCCUCAAAAGAAUUGCAGAGAAUAAGAAAAAGUUAGCGGCUCUCAAUCUUCCUACACUCUCUCAAUCCCUUCACAAAUCAUCAGAGUCUUCUUCCAAACCAUCACUGUCUGUGAAGGGCCGUUCAAGGUUUGUACAACCUGGAGAGCUUGAAGUAAAUAAGAAGCACCUACGUUCAAUUACAACUCGCAAAUCAUCAAUAACCCCUCCACCAAUGGAAACUACAAUAACCCCUCCACCAAUGGAAACUACAAUAACCCCUCCACCAAUGGAAACUACAAUAACCCCCCCGUCAAUCCAAAUUGCAAAAGAUGUUGUGGUAGAAGAUGAGGAUGAAGAUGACAUGGUAGGAGAUGAGGCUGAUGAUGUUGUGGUAGGAGAUGUGACUGGAGAUGUUGUAUUAGGAGAUGAGGCUGAAGAUGUUGUGGUAGGAGAUGAGGCUGAAGAUGUUGUGGUAGGAGAUGGGACUGGAGAUGUUGUGGUAGGAGAUGAGGCUGAAGAUGUUGUGGUAGGAGAUGGGACUGGAGAUGUUGUUAAAGUGGCUAAAUCUGAGUAUUGGGAUGUAAAUGUCAUUAACGAGGAAGGUUAUGUUUCAAACGCACGUUUAUGUGUGAAAGACUUGGUUGCGAAAUCAGAGCCUGAUGGAACAUGGAUAAUACUUGAAUUCAAUAAGAAUAAUUGUGCAAUAGGACCGGCUUCUGGUUUGCUAGCAGGAUAUUUGGGUAUAAUUAUUAGAAUGUUUAGAGAUAUUCCCAUAAUGUUUGAGAGUUGGAAGAAUGUUCCAGCAGAUACAAAAACAAAGUUUUAUGAAUCAAAGAUAAAGCGCCAUUUUCUUGUGGAUGAUGGGCGUGACAAAGAUUUUGUACUUGCUUCUGCUGCAAGGAAAUGGAAUGAUGCCCGACAUACAUUGUUUCACGAAUUUUAUAGAUGGGAUCUCCCUUUGGAGGAAAAUCUUCAAAAUUAUCCAAAAUGCAGAGGCAUUCCUGAAAAUGACUGGGCUGUUUAUGUUCAAUAUAGGCGGAAAGAAAAAACACAGGCUCCGCAUACACUCGGAUCUAAGUCGCUUGCAAGGAAGAAACAUGAGUUGGAAAUGAGAGAUGGACGAACAUACAGCAGAGGAGAAAUGUAUGCAGUUUCUCAUAAAAAGCCUAACGGGUCAUUUAUCAAUGAAGAUGCAUACAACAAUAAUAAAAAAUUACAAGCUGCAAUUAAGGAUUCUGUGUCUGAAAAUGAGGCAUUUCAGAAAGUAUUUGGAAAAGAAAAGCAUGGAUAUGUUCGUAGUAUGGGACUUGGAGUUACACCAUCUCAAAUUAAUAGAUCUACGAGAUCGACAUCUUCUUCUGCAGAAAGUGAACAAAUAAAGGAAAUGCAAGAAGAAAUUAAUGCACUUAAAGAAAAGAAUUCAAAAAUUGAUGAAUUAACACAGGCAAUCAUAUUCUUAACGCAAAGGGACAAGGCGAGGACAAAGGAAAUUGAACUCUUAAUGCAAAUGCAGAAUUUUAGUGGAAGACAGGGAUUGGAAUCACCCGCUGAUGGUAGACGUUCAUCUCAGUCUAGCUACCGUAUUGGAGAUAAUGGAACUUCAGGGGGGACAAAUUAG